AUGGAAUCUUUUUUAUCUCAACAUGGGAUAAAAUUAAAAGAGGAUGAACAGAAAUUUCGUUCAAUAAUCUCCAAUAAAAUAUUCACAGCAGGAUCAACAAUAAUCAUUUCAUACCCUUUAGCCUCUUUCCCACUGUUAACAUUUAAUAAAUUCAGGUGUGAUCAAUGUUUAAAAACGAGUCACGAUUCUACACCUUUACGAACGUGUUCGAAAUGCCAGUGUGUAUACUAUUGUAACAGAUCCUGUCAAAAAUCUUCAUGGUUAUCACAUCAUAAAUGGCUAUGUUCCAAUUACACGAAAUCAAAAGGUGUAGAAGAUUACGAUGAAGAAAUGUUAAAAAGAGUUUCGAUACUAAUUGAUAAAUUCCUUAAUGAUGAGAAAUUGGAUCCAUUUUUCGAAAAUAAAGGUUAUCUGUUUGAAAUAUUUUUCAAAUUAAUGACGCAUAGAAACGAUCAUGAACAUGUCAAGAAUUUGGUAAAAUUCGAAAGGAUUUCCACAAAGGUUCAUGAAAUUUUGAAAUUCAAUAAAGUUACAAAGGAUGAUUUAAUUAACCAUUUAUGUAGAUUUCAUUGUAAUAAUUUCACCAUACAUGACAGUCAACUAUUUACAUAUGGAGAAGGAACGUAUCCGAUCGGGUCAUUGUUUAAUAAUUCUUGUCGGCCAAAUGCAAUCGUUAUGUACGAUGGAGCAACACAAAUAAUUAAAUGCAUCCAAGAUAUAAGUAUCGGAGAUGAAAUUAACAUUUCUUAUGUUGAUGUGGCAUUAGAUAGGACAACUCGGCAGAAAUUGUUACGGGAAAAGUAUUUCUUUAAAUGUCAGUGCCCUAGAUGCUCUCCAGACGAGCAACAUUCUGGAAUCUUAACUAAAAUCGAUCAAUUGAUCGAAGACAAAGGUUUCACCGUGUCCGAAAAUGAGGAAAUAACCGCAUUGAUAUUAUCCAAUUUAUUACCACACUUGAAAAAUCAUACGAAGAUGAUGGAUUAUAUAAAUUCUUUGUGUGAGAUAAUUUCAACUUUACUUGAGAAAAAUCAUCUAUUUGAUAUAUCGUCACUUUCAUCCACGACAAAAUUAUUUUAUGAUAAAAUAGAUUUAAAACAAUGGAAUCAGUCAACAAUUCUUGGAAAAUACAUCCUUUCUAUUUAUUUAUUGAUUUAUCCUAGAUAUCACCCAAUUAUAGCUUUACAUUUGUUUACCUUAGGAAAGUGUUAUUGGAAUGAUAUAACCGGUGGUUUGGAAUCUGUUAAAGAAGCUAUAAACAUUUUGGAAUAUGCUAAAAAUAUAUUAAAUAUUACACACAAUGAAGGUGAUGAAAAUAAAGAUGUAAUUAAACAAGUGAAUGAUUUAUUGGAUAUGGCGAAGAAGGAAGUAACCUAA